CGUGUGUUUACAUUCAGUUGUACCUCUAGCUGCUAGCGUCUAGAAUCUAAAAAUUAUAUCAAUCUCUAGACCUAGAUCUAGCAUUAUUUUUCCUAAUAUUACACUUUAAUUAUAUAAAAAUGGGAAAAUUAGCCAAGCCACAACGCAGUAAAAAACAUAAGAAGAUUAAAGCUAUUGAUCCAUUUUAUAAAGGCAACCGAAAAGACAUUCGUACUAAAGACCUAAAUAAAGUACCAAAGUCCUAUGAGCAAGAGGUUCCCAAGAAACUGAAGCAGCUUGGGUACACCAUUGAUGGGGUCAAGGCAGGGAAAGUUGGAAAGAACAGUGUUCUCAAAUUCCAGCACUCUUCUGACACACCAAAGCUGUACAACAAUCAGUUCAAGUCACCGUUGGGCUCUAAAACAAAAACUGGAAAACAAAACAAAACACCAAAACCCCUCAAAAUUGAUGAGCCAACUUCUACCAGUAAAAAAGCCAAACAUAGAAAGAAAGGUUCCAAGAAAAAAAUCUCCAAGGAGGCCCUGGAUGAGUUUAUUGACAACAUGGGACCAGUUGGACCGUUUGUUGACAACUUCAAGUUUAAAAAGAACCCAGAGGAGUCUGUUCAACAGUUUAUGAGACGAGUUAAUGAAGAGACCAAUAAUGUCAUAACUAAGGCUAAAAUUGAUGAUAAAUUUGAUGUCAGUGAUGAGAAAAAAAUUCUUCACAAAAUUAAAACUGUGAAAGGAAUGAGUGAAAAGAAAAAAAAUCGACUGAAGGAGAAAAAGCAGAAAAAACUAGAGGCUGUAAAAGCUAAAAAGAAUGAGAACAAAAUGGGAUUUGCUGGUUUGCAAGAUAAAGUGGAGUUUGGUGAAGUUGUUCAUGCCCCGCCUGUCCUCUCUGUUAGACCAAAGAAAGCAGAGACUGCCGACAUAGACCGGCCUGGCCUGCGCAUGCCGGAACUGAAGGCUGCCUUUGCUGGAGACCUGGAGGAGUUUGAGAGACAAACAAAAGCUGCCAUGUCCAAGUUUGACAGGAAGGUUGGGCAGACUGUCAGGAGAAAGUCCAUGACACCAAUACAGAAAAUGGUGUCUGAUGCCCAGAGGGACAGUGUCAUAGAAUCUUACAGGCAGAUGAAGAAAAAAAAGUUGUGAAUUAUUUAUGACAAGAUGUAAAUACAAAGCUGUACUGUAGGAGUGUAAAUAAAGAAUGAUACAUCUAUUUAUUUU